AGGUGUGAUCGGAUCCGCGCGGGAUGGAGGGUGAGAGCGGGCUGCGGGCCCCUGUGGCCCCGGCCCGGGCCUCCUCCUGCGGGCUGCUGCUGCUCCUCCUCCCGCUGCUCCUGCUGACCUGCUGCGGGGCCGAGCAAGAGGUGCUGCUGAACACAAAGCUGGCGACGUCUGACCUUCGGUGGACGAACUAUCCUGCCGACGAUCCUCAGUGGGAGGAAGCGAGCGGAUUGGACGACGAGUCGAACAGCGUGCGGACCUAUGAGAUCUGCACUAUAGACAGCCCGUCCUCCUAUUGGCUGAGGACACGCUGGAUCCCCCGGAGGAUGGCGACCACCCUCUAUGUCGAGAUUCGGUUCACCAUGAUGGAGUGUUCCAGUCUGAACCGGCGUCACUGUAAAGAAACCUUCAACCUUUAUUACUACCAGUCCGACAGCGACGAGGCCACGCCCACUCACCCGGCCUGGAUGGAGAACCCGUACACCAAAGUGUCCACGGUGGCCGCCGACCACCUGCUGCGGCCCGGCGUCGAGAGGCGGUACAACAUCAAACUGCUGCGCCUGGAGCGGCUGAGGGGGGCGGGGCUUUACCUGGCCUUUCAGAGCCAGGGCGCCUGCAUGGCGCUACUCUCCGUACGCGUCUUCUACCAGAAGUGCCCGCCCCUCCGCCGUGCCUUCGCCUCCUUCCCUGAAACCAUCCCCCACUCACUGGUGGAGCAGGCUCAGGGUGUGUGUGUGGAGAAUGCUGUGACUCCACCUGGCGAGCAGUCGCGACUUCCCACCAUGCUUUGCGGAGAGGACGGGCAGUGGGUGGGGCAGCCAACAUCCAGCUGCGCCUGUCGCCCCGGAUACGAGGCGGGCGCCACCGACGUGCGCUGUCGAGCCUGUCCACCUGGUCAGUUCAAGGUGGGGUCGGGACCAGGCGGGUGCAGCCUGUGUCCAGCCAACAGCAACACUCAGAUCCCAGGCUCCGCCUUCUGCCCCUGCCUACUGCCGAAUUACUACCGAGCUGACUCCGACCCGCUGCACGCACCCUGCACGAGCCCCCCCUCUGCUCCACGCUCCAUAGUGAGUCAGGUCAACGACACCUCGGUGACUCUGGAGUGGAGCGAGCCGCUGAACCGAGGAGGACGAGGAGACCUCAACUACAGAGUCCUCUGCUCCAGCUGUGGGACCACCACCAAGGGAUUGGUCGGUUCCUGUUCGCCGUGUGAUGAUAGCGUCCUCUACCGGCCGGCGCAGCACGGUCUGACUCAGCGCCGCGUGGCCGUGUGGGGACUCCGCCCACACACCAGGUACAUCUUCACCAUCCAAUCACUGAACGGCGUCUCCGCUCUCAGCCAAUCAGAGCCGGCCUUUGACACAGUCAACGUCACCACCAGCAGAGAUGUUCCUCCUCCAGUGUCCGGCGUCAGGAGGGCGGCGGCCUCAGAGUCCAGUCUGUCUUUAGAGUGGAACGUUCCAGCUCUGCCGAACCAGUACCAGAUCCUGGACUACCAGCUCCGCUACAGCCGCAAGGAUGGCGAGGAGGCGGGUCAGUGGCAGUACAUGUCCAGCCGGUCUUCUGCGGUGGUGCUGACGGGGCUGCAGCGGGCCGUGCAGUAUCAGGUGCAGGUCCGCGCUCGCUCGCAGGCCGGAUACGGGACGUUCAGCGCGGCGAGCACCUUCAACACGCUGCCCGAUGGUACUCAUGGUGUCGCUCACUCUCAGCUGGUGGUGACGGCGGUCCUCGUCUCCAUGGGGAUACUGCUGCUCAUCGCCGCGGUGAUCGUCGCUGUGUACUGUUACCGCAGGAGAAUGAAGGACUCAGACCUGCAUGAUAAGAGUGGACACUACCAGAUGGGACAGACAAUGAAGGUGUACAUCGACCCGUUUACGUAUGAGGAUCCCAACGAGGCAGUGAGGGAAUUCGCCAAAGAGAUUGAGGCGUCCUUCGUGAAGAUUGAGGAAGUGAUCGGAGCAGGUGAGUUUGGCGAGGUGUGUCGUGGUCGGCUGAGGGUCCCAGGCAGGAAGGAGAACUACGUGGCGAUCAAGACGCUGAAAGGCGGCUACACAGAGAAGCAGAGGCGGGACUUCCUAUCAGAGGCGUCCAUCAUGGGUCAGUUCCAGCACCCCAACAUCAUCCACCUUGAGGGCGUCAUCACCACUUCCUGUCCCGUCAUGAUCCUCACCGAGUUCAUGGAGAAUGGAGCGCUCGACAGCUUCCUGAGGAUGAAUGACGGACAGUUCACCACCAUCCAGCUGGUGGGAAUGCUGCGUGGGAUCGCGGCAGGGAUGAAGUACCUGUCAGACAUGAGCUUCGUCCACAGAGACCUGGCAGCUCGCAACAUCCUGGUCAACUCCAACCUGGUGUGCAAGGUGUCAGAUUUUGGUCUCAGCAGGUUCCUGACUGAAAACUCCUCUGACCCGACGUACACCAGCUCUCUGGGAGGAAAGAUUCCCAUUCGGUGGACGGCUCCUGAAGCCAUCGCCUACAGAAAGUUCACAUCAGCCAGUGACGCAUGGAGUUACGGCAUCGUCAUGUGGGAAGUGAUGUCAUACGGAGAACGUCCAUAUUGGGACAUGAGCAACCAGGACGUGAUUAACGCCAUCGAGCAGGACUACCGGCUGCCCCCGCCGCCAGAGUGCCCCAACUCCCUGCAUGCGCUCAUGCUGGACUGCUGGCAGAAGGAACGAGCCAAUCGGCCAAGGUUCUGCGACGUGGUGGCUUCGCUCGAUAGGCUGAUCCGAAACCCCGCCUCCCUGAAGGUGACACUCCCAGAGGGACGAAGUGCGUCCCAGCCCCUGUUGGACCAGCGUGUCCCCCCUCCUCUCUCGGCAUGUGGUUCAGUCUCUGAGUGGCUUCGAGCUAUAAAGAUGGAACGAUACGAGCAGAGCUUCCUGCAGGCCGGAUUCACCAGCCUGGACGUCGUCUCACAGCUCAACACUGAAGACCUGCUCAGAGUGGGCGUGACCCUCGCCGGCCACCAAAAGAAAAUCCUCUCCUCCAUCCAGACACUCAGGAUACACAAAGCCCCGCCCACCCUUCUCUACUGACCAAUAACAGCCCUGCCCUGCCGCACUGUCCAAAACCACAACACUCAGGACGAUGCUGAGCCUUGCUCACUCUUUUUACUGACCACUGAACAUUUUGACCAAUCACGAAGCCUGAGGACUGGUGAUACUCCGCCUCCAGAUGUUUGGACCAAUGAAAGGCAAUCGGGUCAAACACGGCUGUGACGUUAAGGAAGCACAACAAAACUCAGAAGACUAAAACAUGAACGUACAGUGACUGCAGAAUGUCCUCUUUGCUCUGUACGCUUCAUCAUGUUUGACUCAGGUGCAACAGGACUCCGCCUCCCAUGUUAAUCUGACGAAUCAGAGCUUAGGACAGAGUUGACCACGCCUCUCAGGACAUACCUUGCCAUGCCAGACCACUUCAGGCCUCCACUGCUCAGGAAAACUCCUCCUACUUUGUUUUUAUAAUCCUGCUCCAAACCCUGAACUCACAGGCCAAUCAGGAUCUAGUACAGUGAGGACGCAGGAGGACUCUGAUUGGACAUAUUUGGCUUUGUUGUUAUCACAAAGUCCCACCCACUGGGGAUUGGUUCCCAGCCCUGUCUUUCACAUAAAAUUCCUACGUUGGUUCUGGUUCUCCGGAGCGGAUCGGGUUCUUGCUGCAGAGGAUCUAAAACCUGCAGAUUCUGGACGAGAUUCUGAUCUCUACUGGACUCUGGUGGAAAUACAAAAGAGGACGGAUGCUUUAUACUCGUCCUUUCAUGCACUAACAAAGCCCUUUAAAGAAACAGUUGAUGGUCCAAACCAAAGCUCUCAAACUUCUGCCACUAUGACUGCUGAAUACCAAGAGAUUUUAAAAAACGACCGAAAGGAUUUUUGUCGUGAGCGAACGUGUCCGAGUAACAUUUCAGAUGUGUGGAUACCUUGCAAUACUCCAUUAGGAAUAUUCUGGGAUUUUAACUAAACGCUUUUAUGGACUUCUUGAGGACAAGUUGAAAUAUGUUGUGGAAUAUUGGAACAACUUCAGAGGAAUUCCAAACAGACCAGUUGGUAAUCCUUAUCAAUGUGGGAAUAUUUUCCUGAGGGACAUCAGGACGUUCAGAAGGGACUCAUAUUGUGACAUGUCGGCGUGUUCUUGUUAAGUUUAAGUGUCAUACUCGUCAAAAUCUGUGAGAAUUAUUCUGUGAUGGCUUAAGAAAACGGCGGUGAACCUUUUGAGGAAAUCUUCGUGAAUCAUUGAGAUUUCAGGCUUCUGUGGAAAUAUUUCAAAAAAAGUUCUCAAGGAUUUAUCCAGGUUAAUAUGAUUCUUCAGGUGAUGGAAUUCCCUGGAAUACUGGGAGACUUUCAGGAAGAAUUUGAGGAAUAUUUACGCCACACUAUGGAACUCUUAAAAGGACUACGAGUUUCUUAAACUGUGGCACCUACAAAGGUCCACUUAUGGUGGAUUUCGGGGUUGUAAAAGUACUCAAGUGUAUUUCAUUGAGCUUGGGUCCUCAAACAUUCCCUAUUCUAAGGGUUGAGAACUUUUUUAAAACUUAAUACUGAUGCUGCACCUGAAAUCCAUCAUUUAAAGUCAAACACUAAACAAUGUGGACAAUGUGGAGGUUUGUUAAAAGAUUGCAGUUUUGUCCAGAAUCGUUGGUCCGGUUGGAUUCAUCAGUGUCAGCUAAAGUGGAUUCAAAAAGCACCAUCAUGUUCAUAAAGUUUUCGGUUGACCAUCACUUUUUAGCAUUUUAGUUUCAACCUUCUCGAACAAAAACCACUGUGGAGGGAGACAAAGGUUUCCACAGACUACGCACAUUUAAGCUGAUUUUACAGCAAACAAAACCUUUUAAAUAAGUUUUAAAGACUCCCAGACCUGCGAGUGUGGGAACUGUUUCGGGUCUGAGGACGACACACAAGAAAUAUUCAAACUGUAGAACUGUUAAUGUGUUUGUAUUUUAGCACUUUUUGUACCAGAUAUUUGAUCGUGUUUAAAGAAGACUAGGAGAUCAUUGUUUUUAUACGAAAGUCCUUUUCAUUUUGUAAAGAAACAAAAGAACAAAAAAGAGUUGCCUUAAUAUUUCAAAGCUGCCUGAGGAGAUCUGAUGUUUAGGACCAGAGAUCACACCUGAAGUCAGUCAGUUAUUUGUUCUGCCCAUGAGAACCACAGUAUCUGUUUGAUUAUAACCCACUUCUAAAACAACUUUAAACAUGUCCCCAACAUUUGUAGGAUCAAAACCUUGAUCCUGUGACCUUACUGUUAAGUUAAAUUCUGCAUUUUAUAAUGCUAGUACUGCCCACAUCCGCAGGAGGCAAGUCAUUUAGAGGAAUCUGCAACAAUUCCUGCAUCCAGCAGCGUUAUGUGGUGUUACCUUCAGUACCAGUUCCACCUUAUCAUCAGCCCAAGCACGAAAUCUCUGGUCUCACUUUUUGCCAUUGCACUCCUUCCUGUGUAGUAUUCUCUGCAACUAAGCAACUGCAUUGUGGACAACUGCUUCUUUUUUUAUGACGACAUGCAUCUGUCCAGCGUACGUGAAUAAUCGUGGAUUUUCAGGAGUGCUAGUAUGGACAGAUUAUUUCUGAAACGGUGCUAAAACGCUCAUGUGUACGGAGAUCAUUUUCUUUUUUAAAAUGAAAAUGUGUUAGUGUGUGUGGAGUUGUUCUCUCUGUAAGUUGACUACGAAAGCUUGUACAGCUGCGAACAUCUCGUCCACACUGAAAGACCUUCCCUCUCCAUCUUCCUGGCGUUGGCACAGGAAGACGUCAUUCUUACGUCUGCCUAAAAAGCCGCGGCUCUCUUGUUUUCUCACCAGGAAAUCAGAUCUGUUUAAAUCACUGACCUGGGGCCGGUUGCACCAACAAGGCUUCCACCAAGUCUUUAGCUAAGUCAGUCAUAGCCUGGCGUUCCAUGUCCAACCUCAUAGUUACGCCAGUUACACUAUUUAGGCUUAAGCCUUCUGUCUAGUUAGCAGCAGGUGUAAAGUCAAAAUUUAUUUCUAUAAAUCAGCAGCCUGAUACCCUAAAGACCUGAACGACCCAAAGUCAACAGCAACUCACGUUAGCUGUCCUACUAAAGCCUCUUUUUUUUAAUCUAGCUAACUUACACGCCUCUCCUGCACAGCUCUGUUAAGCUUCGUAUAUCAAUGUCUCUCUGAUCCUCCAUAAUAAUGCUUCAAGAAAUAAUAAAUGAUAAGCUACACAUUAGCAGGACAGCAGGAGAAUUAUGCAUCCUAGUAAGGCACUACGAGGCAAUAGCUGUAGUCGCUGGACAUUCACAUGAACGCACAUCGCUAAGACGACUAAGAAGUUUGGUUGGUGCAACAGACGUAAAGUCCGUUCUAAAGUCUGUUCUUAACAACAACACACUGAGCAGUUAGGACCAGGUUUAGUAAAGACCAGGUGGUGCAACCUGCUCCAGGUCUGGACCUGUCAGACCUGGCUUCUCUUUCAGGUUUUUUAUUACCACAGUAACUCGGAGCAAUAAACUGUAAAUUUUAUUCAAUUUAAUCAGUCCUUUAAUUUGAUUCGAUCAACUUACUAAAAGUAAACCCUCAUGGCUGCAUGAAGACAAACUGACUGACUUCAGGACUCUUUGGUCCCUGUGACCCGUCAGUCGAACCACUAACCAGCCAACAGCAGCACUACAGGGGCGGAGCCUCCUCACUGUAUACUGGGCUGUUGCAUGAUGGGAGUAGUCUUCACAUUGAAGACUGCUGCAGUGAUGUCAUCGUUGUUGAAUGGUGCCUUCAGGAGCAGGAGGUUCUUGUUGGAAAUCAUGUGACCAGAACUUCUGGUUCCAUGUUGUGGUGUGAACACAGCAGCUGACUCUGGAUCAGCUGCAGCUCUCUGCCGUUUUAUACACGCAAGCCUUAUUGUUAUUAUUAUUAUUGAUAUUUAGGAGAAUUAUCUGUCAGCCAAUCACAAUAAAGAUGAACCGUCCUGCCCAAUGAGAUGUGUUGUAGGUGUUUGUUUGAUGAAGUUUUUUACUGUGGUGUACACUACUGGUUACGAACUGGUGGGUCGUGAGUCCAUUCUGAAUGGACGGACCGCAAGAAAUGCUUUCAUUUAAACCCAAACCAUCAACUUUUUCUUAAAACCUGAGGUCUAUCUGUCCUAAAGUCCUGAAGACAGACUUAAAACAGCUAUAAAACACAGAUUAACAACAUCAUUUAACAGAAGUAUCAAAUUCAGCUCAGUAGUAACUGUCGAGGUUCAAGGACAAAACAACGUUUUUUUUGCUCAUCACCCAUUAUCAGCUUUAGCGUGUUUACGUUGCAUAAAUUAGCCUUGCAGCUAGCAGACUUUUCCCCCUCAACUUACAGCUUAACAAAUUACAUGUAAUGUUAUUAUUUUUCUUACUCAUCGGUGGUUCAAGUCACCGCAUGUCCCGACAGAACAGCACGGUUGAAUUUCAGCCUGCAUCGUUAAAAGAGAGCAGCUAAUUUUAAAGUUAGCAGAGUGAGAUGCCCGACCAGGCAGGUGAUGUUACGCUGUGUUUUAUCUCACAGCAGCACUGUUUACAUACACCAUGUGUUCUUUGUCUGUUGACCUGUAUUUUCUCUGAAAUCC